AUGCCGAAGAGACGAGACAUUGUCGCCAUUGUGUUGAUCGUGUUGCCUUGGACUCUGCUCAUUACUGUUUGGCACCAGAGCAACAUGACUCCUCUGCUCGCCUCUCGAAACGAUGACAGACGAGACGGUCGCUCCAACUCCAGGAAUACUUUUGCUUUCAAGGAGUCCUGCUCCCUGCAGAACCGGGACAUCGUGGAGGUGGUGCGCACCGAGUACGUCUACAGUCGGCCUCCCCCCUGGUCUGACUUCCUGCCCACGAUCCACGUCAUCACUCCCACUUACAGCCGGCCGGUGCAGAAGGCCGAGCUGACACGCUUGGCCAACACUUUGCUCCACGUGCCCAACCUGCACUGGAUCCUGGUGGAGGACUCUCAGAGGAGGACCCCUCUGGUCAGCAGUCUCCUCGUGGAGACCGGACUGAACUACACCCACCUCAACGUGGAGACUCCCAGGAACUACAAGGUACGUGGGGACACGAGGGACCCCCGAAUACCACGUGGCACCAUACAGAGGAACCUGGCCCUGCGGUGGCUCCGGGAGACCUUCAGCGUAAAUAACAGUGUGUCUGGGAUUGUCUACUUUGCAGACGAUGACAACACGUACAGUCUGGAGCUGUUUGAUGAGAUGCGUACCACCCGUAAGGUGUCGGUGUGGCCCGUGGCUUUUGUGGGCGGCCUUCGGUACGAGUCCCCUAAAGUGAACACUUUGGGCAAGGUUUACGGCUGGAAGACUGUAUUCGACCCUCACCGGCCCUUCGCCAUCGACAUGGCCGGGUUCGCGGUGAACCUGCGCCUCAUUCUGUCCAAACCUCAGGCAUAUUUCAAGUUACGUGGGGUGAAGGGAGGAUACCAGGAGAGCAGUUUAUUAAAGGAGCUGGUGACUCUCGGCGACUUGGAGCCUAAAGCUGCCAACUGCACUAAAGUAUUAGUAUGGCACACGCGGACAGAGAAGCCUGUGCUCGUAAAUGAGGGCAAGAAAGGAUUUACAGACUCAAACGUGGAGAUAUGA